GAAGCAAUCAUUGGGACAGGUAUUAGUUUCGAUUGAUACAAGUAACUAAAGCCUCAAUAUGAAUUCAACAAUUUUCCUGAGCUGCCUGUUGGUCAUCAGCGGAAGCCUUCUGGGGACAGCUAAUGCCGAAGAGAACUUUGAAUCUGAUAGGGAACGUGUGAUUGCGGUCUAUAAGGAUGCUAAUCCUGAUAACAUUGGUGAUAGCAACGUUAUCUUUCUGGUGACUUUUCUCGACAAGUAUGCCGACCAGAUUCAGUUGACUCCCGAACAAAAAUCCAAAGCUUCAGAUAUUGUGAAGCAAUACAAUGAGGACAAGGAAAAACAACCUUUGGUGGACGGUGCACCUCCUCAAGGUGGCUGGUUUUCAAAACUAGGAAGGGAGAUCGUUAUACAAUUGGGCAUCGCAAUUGCUUCUGAGGGAAUUAAAAAGGCAACGGGAUCUUAGAAUUAGAGAUCUUUGCAACGUUGUUUUGUAACAUACUAAUGCUUUAAGCACUAUGAGAUCCUAAUAAAAUGGAAAUAAUUUUGCUUUUAUUAAUGAA